AAUUACUCCCCCUGUCUCUCUCUCUCAUUGGACUCAGUCCCUGCAAUUCCUCCAAUUACCGUACCGAAAGUCGCAUUUCUCUUUCUCUCUUCUCGAUCUAUCCGCCUGUGACUGAAAUUUGUUUGUUUUUACAGGUGUUCAAAGAGAGAUCGGAGAGGGAGAGGCUGUGAUGGCGAGUAGAGUUGAUCACGAGUACGAUUAUUUGUUCAAGAUCGUGUUGAUCGGCGACUCUGGUGUGGGGAAAUCAAAUAUUCUUUCGAGGUUUACGAGGAAUGAGUUUUGCUUGGAAUCUAAAUCCACUAUCGGUGUUGAGUUCGCCACCAGAACUCUUCAGGUAGAAGGAAAGACAGUUAAAGCACAGAUUUGGGACACAGCAGGGCAGGAGCGAUACCGAGCAAUCACCAGUGCUUACUACAGAGGAGCUGUUGGUGCCCUCCUUGUCUAUGACAUAACCAAGAGGCAAACUUUUGACAAUGUCCAGAGGUGGCUCCGUGAAUUGAGAGAUCAUGCUGAUUCUAACAUUGUGAUAAUGAUGGCUGGGAAUAAGUCUGACUUAAAUCAUCUUAGAGCUGUUCCAGAGGAGGAUGGGCAUUCCUUGGCUGAGAAGGAAGGUCUCUCAUUUCUUGAGACAUCUGCACUGGAAUCGACCAAUGUUGAGAAGGCAUUUCAGACAAUUUUGACGGAGAUUUACCAUAUCAUAAGCAAAAAAGCAUUGGCAGCCCAGCAGGCAACUGCUACUACCACUGUUCCCGGCCAAGGAACCACUAUUAAUGUCGGGGACUCAUCAGGGAAUGUGAAAAAAGGUUGCUGUUCUACUUAAGAUGAUGUGGAUAUUUGAGGAAGGAAACAGAAUUACUACCAAGCAGACAAUUUUCUUUUUCAUGUUUUUUUUUUUUUUUUUUUUUUUUUUGAAUCUUUGGCUGAGAGAGAGACAUGUAGAAUACAUUUUUACUUGAUUGAGUUGUGAUAAGGAAGCUUGUGAAAUUUAAUUAGGUAAUUCAGCCUU